GUAAAACCAAAACGAAGAGAACGCAGGAGAGUCGAACGGUAAAUCGGUCGCAGCAACAUAAACUUUUAGAAUCGCCAGCGAGAGCCGUCUUAAAAGUGCGAAUACAAACAGAAGGAAAAGCGGCCGCCUAUGGCAACCUGACUAGCAAAACAUUCGAAAGCAAUUGGCCAAAGUUAGGACGAAAUGAGCCGAAAGAACGGAAACCAGGACACCUUUCCCAAGACGGAGAAGAUGCAGCGCUACUACGCGGAGCGCGAGACCACAGGACCCGAGUUCGACGAUCGCCUGAUAAAGCUUGUGCGCGCCAAUCCGGCCAUCUAUGAUGUCAGCCAUCCGCACUAUCGCCGUAAUCCGGUGCGGGUGGACAUAUGGGAUCGCAUUGCCAACGAACUGGGCGCCUCCUCCCGAUUUCUGCAAACCAAAUGGAAGAACAUACGAUACAACUAUCUGCAGGAGGUCAAGGCGAUUGAGACGGGCCAGGCGAAUCCGAACGUACGCAAGCGGCGCUUCACUGAGGAUCUAUCCUUUCUGCAGAACACGGCCCAAACCUACAAUGUGAAGAAAUCCCAGAGCUACGUGGCCCAACAGAAUGGAAUGGGAAGUGACAACGACAGCAAUAGCUUUUUGUAUCCCGAUCCGGAGCACCUAAAGAUCGACGCCUCCGAGGGCUACGACAUCAUCGAGCUGGACAACAGCGACGAUGGCUCAAAUAGCGACGACAACGAGAUUGUGCCCGAGUUGCAGCUGGUCAUGGGAGAGUCCAAGCAGCAAUUAUCCCUGCCGACGACACUGAACGGCACCAGCAGCAGCAAUCACAGCCACGAACAUGACCAAGCCAGCUCGCCGGCCUCCUCGCCCCUGCUAACGCCGAUGGUUGUAAUGGGCAAUGGCUAUGGCCAGGAGGUGCAUCUAGAACAGCAGCAGACACAGGAGCAAAAGCCGUUCAAGAAUAGCUCGCUGUCCAACGGAGAAGUGACCAUUGAGCCCAUUUACAAGCCUGCGGCUAUCAGACGCGCAUUACCCAGCGAUUUUCUGACCAAUCCCUUCAAGCGCAAGGCAACCCAAGCGCCGCUUCAGACCCAAGUGACGUCGUCCUUCAACGAUCCCAUCGAGCUCUACUGCCUAUCGCUGGUGGACACACUGCGCAGCAUGCGGAGAUCGGAACGGGAGCGGGUCAAGUUCGAGUUCGCCAACAUUCUGAAGGACGCCAAGUACAAGGACGAAAGCUAAGGCGUCAUAGUCAUCAUUCUAUACGUACAAUUCUCGAUUAGUAUCCUUAGUGGUAGACAACGCACUCGAACACUUCCCACACUCCCCCUUCAUUUAUGUAUUUACAUACUUGCAAACAACUUGUAACUCUACGUUUCGAGUCCUAGGCUAAGGUUCUAGGUUAAUUUGAGGCGAUAUGUGUCCAUAGUCCAUAUCUCUUUAGUUGUAUCAACAUUGAGUCGAAUAAAAUUAUGCACAAAAC